CGCCCGCGGACGCGACGGGCGACGGACGAUGCCGGGCGACGCGCGCAAGGCGUGCUUCAAGGAGGACGUCCUUCGCGACCUCUUCCUCGCGCUCGACUCGGACGGGAACGGAUACCUGUCGUAUCAGGAGCUCUGGAACGGCCUGAACGGCGACGACGUGCGAUGGGACGACGCCUCGAACGCGGACAAGCGCGCGGUCCUCGAUCGCUUGUGGCUCGAGGCGGACAAGGACGGGAGCGAUCAGGUCACGUUCGCGGAGUUCUGGCAGCUCAUCGCGGCGUCGCGGUCGCCCACGGAGGACGAGAUGGCGCGCGCGUACGACUACUUCGUGCGGCUCGACAAGUCCGGUGACGGCUACCUCGACCGACUCGAGAUCCAGGAAGGCCUCGCGAACCCGGACAUCGACUGGACUCUGCUGGGCUUCGACGAGGGCGUCAAGGAGCGGCAUCUGUUUCAGGCGCGUCCCAUCUCACACCGGUCCCCAUACGACCGCCACGCCGACUCGAGCGGCGACGGGCGCGUCUCGUUCGACGAGUUCUGGCAGAUGAUCCUCACGAACAUCUCCAACCGCGAGCGCGCGAGAGCCGCCGCCGCGGCGCAGAUGGUCAGCGUGCGCGACGUCGCGGCGUGGGAGCCGUCCGACGUCGGCGCGUGGUUGGACCGCGUGGGGUACGGCGCGUACCGCCCGGCGUUCGAGGCCAACGGGAUCCACGGGUACAGACUGUUGGCGCUGACGUUCGACGCGCUUCCGCGGCUCAGCGUGCGGCAGUUCGACCACUGCCGCGGGAUAAUGAACGCGAUUCGGACGCUUCGGGGGAUCGAGCCGGAGAUUUUGGAGACGACGGAGGAUUGUUACGCGAAGCGCGAGUUCGCGCGCGCCAAGCCGGUGGGGCUCGCUCGAAGAUUGCGUUUCGGCGACGAGGGCGCCUUCGCGAGAGAGGAGAAGCGUCUGAACGACGCGUACUCGCGGCCGGCGAUGAUCAUGACCGAGAUCGUGUGAUGCGAGCGGCGGGCGGCGGAGGCGACGACGCACGUGGGUUGGGUGCAUAGCGCGCGUUCUUUCUCGUUAGACUACUUAUAGCUAGACGUCCCGUCGAGGUGAACCAAGAAAUUUAACUGCGAAC